AUGACACAAAACCCCCCACGACAAGCCCUCACAACACCCCCCGAUACACCUUGGUAUAAACACCUCACCAUCGACCUCCUCCUCGCCGUCCUCAACCGCACCCUCUUCCACCCCUGGGUCGCCUGGAUCGCCGUCCUCAGCCUACGCGCCCAGGCCACCCCCUACGCGCACCCCGCCUUCGUGCUCGCGACAACCUACGCCGUCGUCCUGACUCUGCUGGCGGUCGCGCGCGUCAUCAACCGCCGCAUCGCGUAUGGCCUGCCGCGCCCCGUCGACCUCGGCGACGAGGUUGUCGUCGUGACCGGCGGCGCGAGCGGGCUGGGCCUGCUCAUUGCGCGCAUCUACGGCCUGCGCGGGGUCAGCGUCGCCGUCCUGGAUGUCAAGGACGUAGGGGGUGUUGAGGGGUGGGAGGAUGGUGCUGGCGUCGAGUAUUACCGGUGUGAUAUUGCGGAUCGGGCGCAGUUGGAGGCUACGGUGGAGAGGAUUGAGAAGGAGCUGGGUACUCCUACAGUCUUGAUCAACUGCGCCGCGGCCCGCAUCAACGGCAACCCGCUCCUGUCGCUCCCCGCCGACGCCUUCCAGAAAACCAUCCAGACCAACCUGCUCGCCGUGUUCCACGCGUGCCAGCUCUUCUUGCCGCGCAUGCUGGCCACCGCGAACGGAGGCACCAUCGUCAAUGUCAGCUCCGUGCUGGGACAGCUCUGCGCCGCAGGGUUGGUGGACUACUCGGUCAGCAAGGCGGGUCUGAGUGCCCUUCAUCGCACGCUGGAGGCGGAGCUGCGCACGUCGGGAAACGACGACAAGGUGAAGAUGCUGCUGGUCGAGCCGGGCCAGGUCGCAACGCCGCUCUUCGAAUCGGUCAAAACACCCAAUGCUUUUUUUGCGCCCGUUCUCGAACCCGUCAAUGUCGCCCAGGAGAUCGUUGCUGCCAUCGACGAGGGUCGAGGUGGCGUCAUUAGGAUGCCGACGUACGCCAUGCUGGUCAACUGGUAUGCAGUGUUGCCGGCCAGUAUCCAGCGACUCGCGCGAUACCUGGCGGGAAUUGACUAUGCCGUAGCGCGGCCGUCGUCCGAAAAGAGCGGGGAUGGUUCUGGUGAGUCGCCACAAAAACACUCACAAGAAGAUAAGAAAUCUGUAGAUGAGAGUUGA